AUGAAUCACCCGGUGUGCAAGCAAGCUCAACCUGCUGCUAGGAAAGCGAAGAAGCAUGGUAAAGAUGAGUUCGACCGGAUCAAACAAGCUGAGAAGAAAAAGAGACGUCUGGAGAAAGCGCUUGCUACUUCUGCGGCCAUACGGGCUGAGCUAGAGAAGAAGAAGCAGUUGAAACUGGAAGAGCAACAAAGGCUAGAUGAAGAAGGAGCUGCUAUCGCAGAAGCUGUUGCUCUGCACGUCCUACUGGGCGAAGAUUCUGAUGAUUCAUCUCGGGUGGUCAUACUUGGGGAAGAAAAGGGUUUGAAGAUGGAUCUGUUUAGAGGUGAAAGAACCAACUAUGCUCCUCGCCAAAGUUGCGCUAGCUAUGCAGUUCAAGGGAUUGGGUUUGUGUCAAAUGGUUAUGGACUUGGAGAUAGCUACUGGUCAAUCCCAUAUAAGCCAUUCGCAAGAGAUGCUUGGGAUAACAACAUGGGAAUAUCCGCUGAUUUGAUUGCCGCUCAGGCUGUCUCGUCGCUAAAGAUAUCUGAAAACACGGAUGGGAAUGCCUUUGUGUUCGAUGGAAUGUUUCGGGGUUGA